AUGGCAACCAUUACGCAGACCGAGACAAGCACCGAGGCGAUCGAGCUUCGCGACCAAAAAAAUGCCCCAAGCAAUUCACUCGACGACACUGAGCCACCGCCUUCAUCCAACAAGCCCGAUACCGCAGAACUACUCAAGCUCCUGAGUGCAGGCUUCUCCUUCUUUGUCGCCGGAAUCAACGAUGGAAGUAUCGGAGCCCUGAUUCCUCACAUCAUCCGAGAUUAUCGCGUCACCACGGCCAUUGUCUCAUCAGUUUACGGCGCAAACUUUAUGGGAUGGUUUAUUGCCGCAUUUUCUAACACUCAUCUUUGCCAAGUCUUUGACCUUGGCUCCAUGCUCGCCCUCGGAGCUAUUCUGCAAGUUAUUGCACACGUUCUGCGACCUUGGAAGCCGCCAUUUGCCCUCUUUACCGUGACCUUUUUUAUUAGUAGUCUCGGCCAAGCGUACCAAGAUACGCACGGAAACACGUAUGUUGCUGGUACAAAGGCAUCACAUCGAUGGCUGGCCUUUAUUCACUCCAUGUACAUGGCGGGUUGUCUCGUGGGGCCCUUUGUCGCUACUGCCGUAGCCGCAGGCACACCGAAAUGGUUUCUAUUCUAUACGUUUCCUCUUGCAAUUGGUGUUCUUAACGUCGCAUUUGUCUUUUAUGCAUUCUGGGAUACUCUGACACUCAAGAGAAAGCGGCCACUUACUGAGCGGACUCUCGAGGCUGAUGAGUUACCGGCUUCAAGGAACGAAGACGCAUUCUCUUUAAUAAAAGACACAUUUAAGAACAAGGGUUUCUUACUUAUUAGCUUGUUCUUCUUUUUUUACCUUGGCGCCGUCCUCACAGCCGGUGGAUGGGUUGUUGAGUAUCUCAUCGUUGUUCGCGACGGCGAUAUCAACCAGAUGGGUUUUGUAUCUGCUGGCUUUAAUGGAGGAUCACUACUUGGACGAAUGCUGCUGGCUGAGCCCAUACAUCGCUUUGGGGUUCGCAAGAUGAUUUUCAGUUUUACAAUUAUCAGCAUCGGCCUUCAGUUGCUGUUCUGGCUGGUUCCAAAUAUCAUUGCUGCUUCCAUCGCUAUCAGCUUUUUAGGUUUCUUCACGGGUCCAUACUUUGCUACAGGCGUCUCGGUCGCUUCCAAACUCUUCGAUGAUAGCAUCAAGUCCACGGCCCUGGCGUUUGUGUUUGUCUGCGCACAACUCGGAGGUUGUGUGUUCCCAAUCAUAACUGGUCUCGUGGCAUCCAGCGCCGGCGUCAAGGUUUUGCAGCCUGUUCUUUGUGCGCUUUUGGUCGCUACAGCCAUUUCCUGGUUGUUCGUGCCCAUGCCCAAGGAGAAUGACAAUCCGACGUUGCACCAGGAGUAG